UUGAGAAUUAUAGAGACCAGCGUCAUUGUCAGCUGAGGAGUCAAAAAAGAUGUUUGCAAGGAGCCCAUGCAUUUCCCGUUUCACCGUCGACCCCGUAGUGGAUGAGGUUGAGCCAGAGCUUACCCCGGAUACUACCACGCGACACCCCUUCGACGGACGGAGAGUUGGGCCAUGUUCUACACUAGCCUCUGGGUAGGUCGAACGGGGCCCUCUUCUGACUCCUCACUACUCUUCGUCGCGAGCGUGUCGGUAAAAGUUGACUUGUCUGUUUGUAGGCAGGCUGAGCCAGAUUUUGUCCUUGUGUCGAUCACAACUGCUCCGUGGCCGAGCCGCUAUGCGCGGUUGACCAAUGAAGCAAAUGGGCUCUGGGCUCGCCAAAAGUUGCGCUGUCGGGCUGGCGCAAAUUCAUGCACCUUUUCGCAUCCAAAAUCGGAAUUGCGGUCUGGUAUUGCUACGUGUGUUGAGCAAAGACCAGCUCCAUCCCCAUCACAGUCUUGUCGCCGUAUGAACCCUACGGCAAAGGAACACGAAGUUGCACCGAGGGGUAGGCAGGAGAUGCAACAACAGUCAGCAGCGCAAUCAAGAAAAGACGGGAAAUGUUUCCAGGCUCAGACAAGGCCCCCCUACCAUGUUUCUAAUUCUCUCCGUCCUGGAAGCGCCAGGGUGGAGUUUCUGGUGGGAAAACGUCGGAAACUAGCAGACUUCAGCGCUCAAAUCUGCCAACAGUUUUUCGUACCUAUUCGUGGGUUGCUCGCAGUUGCAUUCUCGGUGGUUUCAGACACCAAAAAGAGGGCGUCUCCGGGCCAAGCCGCCAAGAAGCGCGUCAAACACGACCGAGGGUUUUGGUGCGGCACGGCGGGUUCACCAGAGUGACAGCGGCCGGGGUCCGUCUGAAACCCCCCGAAC